UAGCAUUUGGGGAAGCUGAAAACCAUUUUAAUGUCAGCCGUUUAGGAAGUAAGAUAUUUAUUCAACAUAAAAUAUACACAAACAGUUCUAAAUAGAUAGUUGUCAAGUAUCUAUAUUGUUUAAAUUCAGGUAAAAUAUGGUUUAGUUUCUCAUCGGAAAUGAUUUUGUGUCGGAUAUCCACAGGAAGUUUAGCGUGUUAGCUAGUUGGCUAGCUCAUGCCAGCCAUAGCUUCAGGGUUUUGGUUAUUUUACACUGCCACUGAUAACAUUUAGGCAAGAAGUUAUAACGCAGGUAGUUCUACCAGUUGAGGUUAGCUAAUAAUUGAAAAUAGUCAUUUGGAUGAAAAAAAAAUUGUAUAUAGUUAUAGCUGGCUUACUGGAUUUUGUGGAACACACUGUCAUGUCACCGAACGUUUCAGAAUUCAAAACGUUGGUCCAAAGGUUCUAUGCGCUUCAGACGGAACGGAUAGAAGCGUACAAACUCUUUGAGGAGGGACAUGAGGCGUACCUGAGAACGGCGCCCCACUACGACUUUGAACAUUACAGACAGCUGGUCCACGAGAUAACACAGGCGUUCAGUGGGAUUUCAAAAGAGGUGCUGGAGAUCAAGGAACGACUGCACCAGGAGUUUGACCGUCCGGAUCUAUCCGAGCACAUCGAGAAGCUGCAGAGCAAAGAGAAACAGAAGCUGGAGCUGACGGCGAAACUGCAGCUGGCGAAGCAGAACGCUCAGGAUCACCCAGAAGACGAGGGCUGCCAGGAGAAGAUUCUAGAAAUCAGACAGGACAUAAUAAAGAACAAAGAGGCCCUGAGCGAGAUCCUGCAGGACUUCAAGUACGACUCCGAGGACUGACUGACGGGUGCUCUUUUGGGGGGGGGGGGGGGGCAGCCGUUCGUUCCGACAGAGAUCGAUGGACUCCUUCGCUUGCGACUUCCCUCUCUCUCUUUUUUCUCCCCCGUUUUUAUUUGUCUAAGUUAUUGAUUCUCAUCUGGCUUGAAUCUCUUUAAUGCCACCCGCCCCGGCUGCAGCAGUUUUGUGCCGCAUCUUAAAGGUCACUUCGCUGAGAUUGUCUGAGCCUCUGGCACAGAGCCCUCUUCUUCCUGACACACUGCCACGGCGAGCGCGGCUUCAGGUGCUGACGGGGGCUCGUCGGUCAACUGCGUCAGUAACCCGACUUCAGCCCUCUCAAAAAGCGCAGAGCAGGCAGUGUUAACUCCUUGCUUUUUAUUGUUCUACAAGCAACUGUUGCUCAAUUGACGUUAUUAUCGCUGAUGUCGAUGCUGACCUACACAUAACUUAAGGAAGAGAAUCACGACUUUAGAUUAUUAAAUAUGCUGAUACAAUUCAGUACAAAAAUAAAGGCAAUACAAAAAA